UGUAAUCACAUACAUGCAUGGACAGGAGAAACCCCAAGUAACUUGGUGCACUGAGAAUUUAAUUUUAUAAAGAACUAAAACAUAGCGUGGGUGUUUUGAUUUAUUAGUGUCGAUUUGUUUAAUUGAGAGAAAUAUUACAAAGAAAACAGAAUCUGUUCUAUGGAAUCCCAAGGAUUCCCUAACUCUGAACAAAUCAGCGAUGAAAUUCGUCAAAUGUCUCCAAUUGAAAUUCAACAGCGUAUAACUGUUAUUGACAAUGAAGUCAGGUCUAUGAGGCAUCAACACGAACGAUUACAGCAUGAAUUAACCAGUUUAAAUGAAAAGGUCAAGGAUAAUAAUGAAAAGAUAAAAUUAAACAAACAACUUCCAUACCUUGUUGCCAAUGUUGUUGAGAUUUUAGAGUUACCUGUGGAACCAGAAAAUCAAAAAGAUGACAAUCCAGUGCCUUCAUUAGAGAAAUCGGUGGUUAUCAAAACAUCAACACGUCAGACAAUAUUCUUGCCUGCUGUUGGAUUGAUACCAGCAUCCGAGCUUAAACCAAAUGAUCUUGUUGGAGUUAACAAAGAUAGCUACAUUAUUUUAGAUAAAUUACCUCCCGAAUAUGACAGUCGUGUAAAGGCAAUGGAAGUGGAUGAACGUCCUCAGGAACAAUACUCGGAUAUAGGGGGUCUAGAUAAGGAAAUUCAAGAACUUGUGGAGGCUGUUGUUUUACCAAUGACACAUAAGGAAUACUUUGAUAAAAUUGGUAUUAAACCACCCAAAGGAGUACUCAUGUUUGGCCCACCAGGAACAGGGAAAACGUUACUAGCACGAGCGUGUGCAGCCCAAACAAAAGCAACGUUUUUGAAACUAGCUGGACCUCAGCUUGUUCAAAUGUUUAUUGGCGAUGGGGCAAAACUUGUACGAGAUGCUUUUGCCUUAGCCAAAAAAAAAGCACCAGCUGUUAUUUUCAUAGAUGAAUUGGAUGCCAUAGGCGCUAAAAGGCAGGAUUCAGAAUUAAGUGGAGAUCGCGAGGUUCAAAGAACCAUGUUGGAACUAUUAAAUCAAUUAGACGGAUUUUCAUCCGACGAUCGUGUGAAAGUCAUUGCUGCCACAAACCGACCAGAUAUUCUAGAUCCAGCCUUACUAAGAUCUGGUAGAUUAGACCGAAAGGUUGAGCUUCCUCACCCGAAUGAAGAAUCAAGAGUAAAAAUUUUACAAAUUCAUUCAAGAAAAAUGAAUAUUAAUCGUUCAGAUGUCAAUUUUAAUGAGUUAGCCCGAGCAACAGAUGAUUUUAACGGGGCCCAACUUAAAGCUGUGUGUGUGGAAGCUGGUAUGAUUGGCUUGAGACGAGGCGCAACUGAGCUGCGUCACGAAGACUAUGUUGAAGGCAUCGCAGCAGUUCAAGCAAAGAAGAAAUCACCUUUAGUCUAUUUUGGAUAAAAAAAAUACU